AUGUCAAGUUUUAAUAUUGAAGAAAUGUGUUUAGGAAUAAAUAUGAAAUCAUUUAAUAAACCAAAUAAUUAUUUUUGUGGUGGAAGAUUUCAUAUUAAGAAUGCUAUUGUUAUCAUAUGUAUUAUAACAUGUUUAAGAAAUUUUAUUGAAGGAUGCUUAUUAUAUGAUAAAUAUUUAUACAUUUCUUCAUCAGAUCCAAAAACAAUGCUUUUUGGUAUUUUUUUAGAAAUAAUUAGUAUAUUAUUAAUGUAUAUUGGAUAUAUAAAAAAUGAUCAAAAUUUUUUAAUUCCAUAUAUUAUUAUUCAAAUAAUGUUUAUAACAAUUCAUGGUGUUAUAUUAUUUCUUGAUAUUUUAAGAUGUAUAUGGCCAUCAAUGCCUGAAAAUAUUUUAUUAGAAUAUAAAGAGGGAAAUACAUUAGAAUAUAUUAGAUUAUUUGUUAUAUUUAGUAUAUUUAUUGUUGAUUGUUAUUGUUUAAAAGUUAUUCUUAAAACUUAUGUUUAUUUAGAAAAUGAAAAUGUUGAAUUUAAACCAAGACAUCCAAUAACAAUCAUGCCUCAAAAUCAAAUACAUUUUACCGUUGAAGAUGAAGAAGUAUACUCAUAUGGAAAUCCAAAUUAUACUGAAAAUCAAAUAUCUAAUGAACAUUUAUCAAGUGAUGAGGAUUACUUAGAUUUAACAAGAGAUGGAUAUGGAAAGAAAAAAAAAUCAAAAAAAGGAGAUUUAAAAUAA